UACGGCCUCCAAACAACUGAAUAAGAUACCCAGUGGCUCGAAUUGGAGACCCCAACAUAAAGGAAGGACACCAUGAAAUAAGAUGCUUUAACGGGUUUUAUUAACCAAAUGAAACCAUAGCUGAAAUGCAGUAUGAAUACUUUACCAAAUAAAGAAGUCUGCAAACCAAAAGGGACCUGGGGAUGCCGGACAAACUCAGCAAAAUGGAGGGGGGACCAGGCCACCCCCUAUAGGGACGUCGAGGCUGGCCCCCCUCCCUGCCUGACAAAACCAAAUCAUAAACUAAGAACUAAACGGAAAAGUAGGACCGCCGGCCAUCCCCAGGCCUAGAUCAAAGAUUACUGAAAGAAAAGGUUAUUUAACAACUCGCACUGUGGGACAAAGGUGUUGCCGGGUCUGUGCGCAACUCCCAAUCGAGGGGGUGACUCUGUUCUUGGGCAAUGAUUUGGCUGGUGGUAAAAUGCUCAUUAAUCCAGAGGUAAUUGCUGUUCCUCUGCCAGGAAACUCUGACGAAUUGGCAUUGAAAUUUCCCAAAGUAUUUUCUGUCUGUGCCGUGACGCGGGCAAUGGCCGAGCGUCAAAAACUGGAGGCUGAGGUGGAACUGUCCGACAGUUUUCUGGUUGACUGUUCAGUUUCCCCAACCGCCUCUCCAAAGGUCCCUGCCCGUUCCAUUUUGCCUCAACUUGACUCAAAGGUUUGCAUGUCACGUGAGCAGCUAGUUGCCGAUCAAAAGCGGGACGCAUCACUAGCUCCUCUCUUUGAAUGUGUGAUUUCAGGAGAGGCGUUAGAUGAUAUGUCAACAGGGGUUUUCCUAAAAGGUAACGUGCUCAUGCGUAGGUGGACACCUCCAAAGUUAUGUGGCGAUGAUAGUUGGGGGGGUGGUUGAACAGAUCGUUAUUCCUCGAACGUAUCGAAGUGAGAUUUUGAAACUAGCACAUGAUAAUCCACUUUCUGGUCACCUAGGAAUUAAUAAGACUUUUGAUCGUGUCUUGCGGUACUUUUUCUGGCCAGGGCUAAAAGGUGACGUGCGUCACCAUUGUAAAACUUGUCAUGUUUGCCAGGUUGCUAAAACUCAAGCCAUCCCUCCAUAUCCACUUUAUCCAAUUCCUGUUAUUGGUGAGCCGUUCGAGCGUGUGCAAAUUGACUGUGUGGGGCCUUUCAAUCGCACCAAGAGUGGUAACAAGUACUUGUUAACUAUAAUGUGUACAGCGACACGCUUUCCAGAGGCCAUUCCUUUGAGUUCUAUUACAGCUCCAGCUGUUGUUAAAGCCUUGGUCAAGUUCUUCUCCGUGUUCGGCCUUCCCAAAAUUGUACAGUCCGACCAGGGAACACAUUUUAUGUCGCGUGUUUUUGCACAAGUUAUGAAACAGCUUAACAUCACUCAUUUGUAUUUGAGCGCAUCACCCAGAGAGUCAGGGAGCCAUCGAGCGUUUCCAUAGGACAUUGAAGUCUAUGUUGCGCACCUACUGCCUUGAGUCUGACAGGGACUGGGACGAGGGCGUCCAUCUCCUCCUCUUUGCCGCUCGUGAGGUGGUACAGGAAUCCCUCGGCUUUAGUCCCGCCGAGCUGGUGUUUGCACACACUGUGAGAGGGCCCCUAAGACUCUUGCAGGAGAAGUGGCUGGGGGAUAGCAAACCUCAAAAUCUGCUCGACUAUGUGUCAAAGUUCCGUUUCAAACUUCACCGCGCUUGUGAAUUGGCAAAACAAAACAUGACCGUUGCACAGGGCAAAAUGAAGAGAUGGUUUGACAAGGGUGCAAGAAGCAGGAGUUUUCGUCCCGGUGAUAAAGUGCUGGUUCUAUUGCCUAUUCCUGGCUCUUCUCUGCAGGCGCGUUAUAGCGGCCCUUACCUAGUCAAAAAGAAGGUGGGCAAUCGAGACUACAUCAUCGACACCCCUGAACGUCGACGGCGUAGUAGGCUGUGUCACAUUAAUAUGUUGAAGCCUUACUUUGACAGGGAGUCUCAGUCUGUUUCCACCCCUUCUGAUGGUCCAGAGGUCAGUGGGGCACCGGAGCUGUCCAGUGUGGGAAUUGCUGAUGGUGACAAGGUAACUCUGGCGCUGUCUAGCAACGCCAGUGUUCCUCCCCCUGAAUCUCAGGAUGACCAAGAGGAUAUUGUAGGGAUAUCCAGUGAUGUAAUUCAUGGGCGACUAAAAAAUUCAGAAAUGCUUUCUAAUCUUCAUUGUUGUCUUCCAAAUUUGGUUCAGUCUCAGCGUGAGGAUGUGAUCGGUCUAAUUGGCUCUAAUUUAACUCUUUUUUCAGAUGUGCCGACUCGCACGCAUGUGUUGCAGCAUGACAUUGAUGUUGAUAAUUCUCCACCAAUCAAACAACACGCCUAUCGCGUUAACCCUGAGAAAAGGCUUCGUCUCCGAAAACAGGCUGGCACUCAGGCUGACACACCUGCAGCAGAUCUGUGAUCGCUACCGCCCAAUUACCAGCCUGCUGUAUGAAGCCAGCAAAGUCAGUUGCUUGGGACACAGACCCGGCAACACCUUUGUCCCACAGUGCGAGUUGUUAAAUAGCCUUUUCUUUCUGUAAUCUUUGAUCUAGGCCUGGGGAUGGCCGGCGGUCCUACUUUUCCGUUUAGUUCUUAGUUCAUAAUUUGGUUUUGUCAGGCAGGGAGGGGGGCCAGCCUCGACGUCCCUAUAGGGGGUGGCCUGGUCCCCCCUCCAUUUUGCUGAGUUUGUCCGGCAUCCCCAGGUCCCUUUUGGUUUGCAGACUUCUUUAUUUGGUAAAGUAUUCAUACUGCAUUUCAGCUAUGGUUUCAUUUGGUUAAUAAAACCCGUUAAAGCAUC